AUGGCGCCAACUGGACAAGGAGGACAAUGGCAAGAUGUUUUGUGUUGUUCACUGUGUGGACAACAUUUCGAACUAUCUUUUCCGCCGAUAAGUUUGAUAUGCGGACAUGUUAUAUGUGGAAAAUGUGCUGAUCUACCGAAUUCACAGGAAAAACCAUGUCCAAAUGAUGAUGUGAGUUUUUUGAAAUUGAAAAAAACUUGCGUUAUGAUGUGACGAAAUUUGAACAUAGUUUAAUAACUUUCGAACUUUUGCCACGUCAUAAAUCCUGUUCGUCGUUUGCUGAACCAUUCCUCUCUUAUCACUUAAUAUUUUUCAGUGGAAGCCAAGUUUUGCUGUGCGAUCAUACCCAAUAAACAUCGGCCUUCUUUCAAUUAUAAUGCCUGAUGAAAAUUGCAUGCGGUAUUCGGAUUCGAAAGACGUAAGAUUCCAUCAAGUUUACAGAAACAUAACAAUUCCAAGCUUUUUCAGAAUAUUCAAAAAUCAAUAGAUGAAUCAAUGAUAGAAAUUGCAAAAUUCUUCAAAAGAGCCGGAAGUGAAAGAGGUGGAAGUGUUUAUUCUCAAAGAUUAUCUCGAACUCUCCAAAGAAAAGUAGUAUCACUUUUAUGUUAUCAAUGGAUUGAAAUGGAUGGUCGAGUUAAAUGUUUAAAAGCUUGUCGAGCAAUAACAGAAAGAAUAAUGACAGAAGUAUUAUUGAUGAUACAAAGUAAUACACAUAUAAGUAGCCAAUUAUGGUCAGCUGUAAGAGCAAGAGGUUGCCAAUUCCUGGGACCAGCAAUGCAGGAAGAUGUUCUUCGAUUGAUAUUAAUCACUUUGGAAAAUGGUGAAAUGAUUGCAAGAAAGAAUUUGGUGAUGUAUGUGGUGACAACUUUGGAACAGGAUUAUCCGCAAGUUUCGAAAACUUGUGUUGGACACGUUGUUCAAUUACUUUAUCGCGCUUCUUGUUUUAAUGUGAUCAAACGGGAUGGAGUUUCAUCUUUGAUGCAAUUGAAAGAAGAAUUUCGGACUUAUGAAUGUCUUCGACGAGAACAUGAUUCGCAAAUUGUUCAGAUUGCAUUUGAGUCGGGUUUGAGAAUUGGGCCAGAUCAAUGGUCCGCUCUUCUUUAUGCUGAUCAAGCACAUCGUUCACAUAUGCAAAGUAUUAUUGGUAAUUUUUUUUUUGAAAUUGGGGCCGAUCUAAUAUUAAUCAAAAGUUUAGUGAAAUAAAAUGGAAAUAUAUUGAAGUUUCAAACAGAUUUUUCCCAAAGCAUUUGGCAUGUCAUAACUCUUUUUCUAACUCUAAAAUGUUUCAGAUAAACUUCAAUCGCCAAAUUCGUACGCUCAAUGCAUCGAAGAACUAAAUACAGCUCUAUCCUCAAGCACAUCAGUUCUUCUCCCAAAAAUCCGACAAUUGAUAAAAGAUAUGAUGCCAUUGCUAACUAUUUUCAACGAAAUACCCAAUGAAAAUCCAACAUUUCAACAAUUAGAAGAUUAUCUGCAAAAUUUGUUGACAGUUUUACGAUUGCACACAGAACAAUUGGAUAAAGAAUAUCACAAUUUAUCAAAUAAUGAAGAUCCGAGAAGAUUUAAAGCAACGAAUAGCGCUGAUUUCAGAUUCAAGACAAAAAUGUGCACAAAUAUGGAGAAAAAUGGGCAUUGUGAUAGAGGACAACAAUGCUCUUUUGCUCAUUCGAAAGAUGAAUUACGAGAAAAUCCAGGACGGAGAGUUCCACAAAAUCAACCUCAACAACAACAAAUAACUCCUUCACAUUCAAAUUCUUCAACAUCAUCUUUUCCUCCACCAACACCUCUUCACAAUUUCAAUCAUCAAUUCGGAAUAAUUCGACGAGUUCCUCCCACACCUCCACCCCAAAUGUUAGCUUAUCGAAAACCAUCUCCUCAUUUCUAUCAUCCACAUAAUAUGUCAUCUCCACCGCCGCCAAUUCAACACCAACAACAAUCUUCACAACAUCGUUCAACUCCACCAAUUCAACAAGUUAUUGUCGGUUUUCCUUCCGAUGCUCCGCCAGCGCCACCAAUUCAAACUGGAAACCCGCUGCCACCUCCGCCAAAUGGACUAAUGUUGAUGUCGUCACCAACGGGACAGGUUAUGAUGGCUGCACCUGCACAACCCCCACCAAAUGCAAUGUGGGCAACUGCAGCGCAAUCACCAACCGGGCCGCCUAAUUUGAUUUUCCCGCCUGGAGCAUCGCCGCCAGGACAACAUACUGUAUGGAUACAAUCGUAAGUUAAAAAAAAUAUUUCAGUUUAUAGUUUCAGAUGUUUACCUGUUUCAAAAUAGGAUGAUUCCAAAAAAAUUGAUUUUUUGGAAAUCUCAAAAUUUCUUGUUUUCUUCAGAAAAGUUCUAUAAAAGUUUCUGAAUUUGUUUUCUAUGCUCUCAAUUAAUUUUUUCUAUUUUUCAGAUCACAAACUUCAAUUUUCCCUAUAGAAUCCUAUGAAUAUGGAGGUUUGAUUUGGGGAAAUACAAUUCGCGAAUCUGGAGCAGAUGCCGAACAAUUAUUGGCGAAAAGAAAUGAAAUUAUCAAGUAAGUUUUUCUUGUUAGAUACGUGGAUUUCACAAAAAAUUUCAAAAAUUAACCAAAUUAUUUUGCAGCCGUUUACAACCAUCGAGCGCCGAUGACGAAGAUUGUGAAGAUGGCAUUAUUGGACACGUUUCGUAUACAGUUGCAUCUUCGGUUCUCGAUGAUUCUCGAAUUGAUGGACAUCAUCCGAUUUUAUUGGGACUCACUCCAGGACAACCCAUGGAUCUUCCCGUCACAUUUUCAGCGAUUCAAAAUGAUGAUAACACUGUGUAAGUUGGAAAAAUAAUGAGAAAUAAAUACAUUUUUAAAAAUCUAGGUCUAGGUGAAGCUCACUCAAUAACCUAUCAAAAUGAAAGUGAAAAUUAAAGUUUUAAUAAUUUUCCUCUGAAUUUUAGGUUCACUGUUUGGGAAAAAUGAUAUAUUUUUAUCUUGGAAAAUUUGACAAAAUUUAAAUUAGACGAGAUUAAUAUUUGAUUUUUUGCAGAACAAUGAUAGGAGAAGUUGUUCGUCCACGUGCUCCAUCGCUCACUCAACCACCACCUCUAAUCGCUCCUCAAAUAAUCUCCCCACCAACCGGAUAUCAUCCAGAUGCUCCAAAUGUCGAUGUUCCCAUCGCAACUGUUGUCACAACAAUUCCUCCACCAAUUGCACCUGGUGCUCCACCAAUGAUUGUCGAUAGUGCAACUGGUCUUUUGACACCAAUUAUUGGUCCAAUAAUUGUGCCAACUUAUCCACAAGAUGUUGUGUCGAAUUCAAUCGAUAAAAUAGUGGAUGUUAUGGAAAGAUUGAAUGAGGCACAAGAAAAUGGGAAUGUUUCGGAUGCCGAAAAUGAGCAUUUGAGAAUGGAAUUGAGAAUUGCUGAAAAUGAAAUGGCCAAUUUGGAUCCGUACACGAAAAAUAAUUGCCUUUUGAGAGAAUUGCAACAAGUUGAUAUGGAAUUACAACAACUUCGAAUUGAACCAACCAGAACUCAAUAA